GUUUGAGUUUAUGCUCUGAUAUAUUCUUAGAUCCUUGAAAGUUGCAUUUACUUACUAGACAAAAGUAUGUAAAAAUUUCAGGUGCCAAUUUAAGCUAAUGUAUUCUUGUCAACAGGUUGGUAAUAUUUUCUUUUUGGACAAGUUUUUGGGCCACAGUUUCUUGAAUUAUGGGACAAAAGUUCUUCAAUUUUCAAGCACUGACCAGGAGAAUCGUACAGAUCCAAUGAUUGCUGUAUUCCCUACACUGACCAAGUGUCUCUUCUACACAUAUGGACCUUCAGGAAGCAUAAGAAAAUAUGAUGCACUGUGUGUUCUGCCCCUCAACAUCCUUAAUGAGAAGAUCUUCAUCUUCCUAUGGUUCUGGUUCAUCAUUCUGUCUGUGCUGUCAGGCCUUGCCCUCAUCUACAGUAGUGCCAUAGUAUUAUAUCCAUCCAUCCGUGAGACAGUGCUGAAGAGACUCUUCAAGUUCAGGGCUCCAGGGGGUGUGGCAACAAUUGUGGCAAAGACACAGGUCAGUUUAUUUUAUGUGUCAUUCUUAAAUCAGUGUACUUGUUCCUAUUAUGGAUGUCUUCAGGAUUUUGCAGUCAUUUUUGCUGGUGAUACGCAUAUGUUGACUUGAGCCUCCAAAACUUUGACAAGCAAAUGUACCACUAUAUAGUGACAUCACUAAAGAAUUAUUUAACACAAAUCUCAAAACUGUACUGCUAUCCAACUACAUUAGUUAUACAUUUGGUUCUAUAAAACUGGUACAUACUUAACAACAUAAAAGAGGUUUAAAAUAGUUUGUUGUAUCUCAGAAUACCUCAAAACAUUGGAUGAUUAACUGGAUGAAAUUGUUGAAACUAAACUUAAAGAUCUGUAUAGUCUUAAUGGAGUUAUGUUUCAGCCACAUAAAAAUAAUUCAAAAUGGAAGGUUAACCUCUUAUAAAAGUAAAUACCACCUACCAACCUAUGAAUUUAAAUUAAUGACAAUUAUCACGUAGGCCAUAUAAUUCUGAAUGACUUCAUGAUUUCUAAAUAAUGAACUGGCACAUGAAAUGAAACAGUUCUGAUGUACUCUGAGGUACUAUCCUAGCACCUGUUUGGGAAAUUGUGGAAGAUUAUUAACACCUCCAGCAAGGCCAGUAAGCCUCCAGGUGAAGACCCAAACCUGAGAUCUCCUGAAUAUGAAGCAGAAGGCCAAUCACUUGACUGCAAUGUUCAGUAUAAAAGAUAAUUCAAAUGAGAUAAAAGUAUCAUAUUAAUUACAUAAUUAAAUUAUAUUAAUAGAGCUGCAGAAUCUUCAAAAUUUUAUUAUACCACAUUUAAGCAUCACAGAGUGAAUGGUAUUAAUGUUGGUUUCAUCUUAACAAUUCUCAUGCAUAUUGUGUAUUU